AUGCAUCCUCUGAUCCACCUCCUCAUAGAAAUUGCUACAACCUGCGGUGUAGUCGGCUUUACGGAACCGAAGUCUUUCGCGAGGAAAGCAGGUCUUGCAGUGGUAGUCUGGUGUGUUUGGCGAUGUAUUCCGCAGUGCAUGUCUGCAAUGGAUUUCGAACAAGCAGCACCCGUCGGAAUGUUCGCGAGGGCUCCCAGUGGGCAAACCCGUGCUAAAGAUGAUAAUGAAAACAAUUCGAUAUGGAAACGACUAUCGUUUGGGGUUAAAGUUACCAGCUCUUUUAGAUUCAUCGGCACGCCCUACCAAGUUAAGAAUGUUCCUCCAGCGAUCACAACGGAACGGCGACAUUUUCUCCUCCGGACAUCACUUGUUAUCAUAGCUUCUUACAUCAUUAUUGACGCCAUCAGCUCUAGCAACGACCCAGACAUCGCGUCCAAGUAUCUCAUGCCUGAAAACAUCAAGAUACUAGCUCGAUUGAACGAGGUCACCAUGGAGGAGUUGAUUAUACGCGCAUGCACUACCAUAGCGAGCUGCAUUGGUCUCAAUUGCGUACAAGGGGGAAUUUAUCAUUUAUUUGCGCUUGUAGCUGUUAGCUUGCGCAUUUCCCUUCCGGAAGAUUGGCCACCGUUCUAUGGAUCUAUAUCUCAAGCGUGGACGAUACGAAGGUUUUGGAACAAGUUCUGGCACCAGAUGAACGCUAGGAAGUAUGCCUCGCUAUCUCACUUCGUCGUCUACAAGGUGCUCAACCUACAACGCGGCAGCAAAUCUGCAAGAAUCCUACUCGUGCUCACUGCGUUCCUGACAUCGGGCUUCAUGCAUCUGCUAAUAGACAUCUCGGCGGGAAUCCCUGUUCAGAGAUCUGGAGCCAUCAAUUUCUUCAGCGCACAGGCGCUGGGCAUUCUGUUCGAGGAUGCGAUCAUAACAGUGUACGGCGCAUCGAGCAAGAGGAUUCCGCGGUUCUUGGAAUUGGCCAUCGGGCUUAUCUGGACGUUUGCGUUUCUCGUUUGGUCUACUCCGGCGUACGUGUAUCCAAUGUUCUGGCGCACCAAUCUGGGGCUUAACGACUCGACUAUUCCGCUCAGCAUUUUUGGAUCGAAGGACGAGCGCAUGGCGGCAUUGGGGUGUAUGAUGCUCAUCUGCUCGAUUGCUAUGGUAGGAAGUCUUUGA